CUUCCCGAGAACUCAUAUGUGACCGCCCUAUGAGACUCAGAGACGAGCCGUGUUGACUCUGCUCGGAGCUGGGCAGUGGGUAGACAGGCGCAUGGACACAGCGCAAGUUCACUUCCAACAUCAAGGUCCACAAUUCAGCAGCUGAAGGGCUCACACAAGGAAUUCUAGGAUUGCAUUGGAAGUGAGCAGACGGUGUGAAAACGCGAGGGCGAGGUUGUGCACGGCCUUGGCUUUGAAGCUUUCAAGCAUUGAGAAGAGGAGAACAACAAGACUAGACAUGCAAAAAAGUAGCCGGUCGCUGCUUCGAAAUGUAUGCUUACCCAUUCCAACGAGAGGGCAAUGUCAAAGAGCAGCUUCAGUCGAUGCUGAACACAUCGGGGGGGGCCGGUCUUGAUGUUGCAAAUGCAGGGAGACCAUUUGCUUCGCCUUAUGCACCAGCACAGUCACAGGGUGCAAAUUCAGGCCCCUUUCAUCAUGGAGGGAACUUGCCUUCUCUCCACAAUAUCCAAGGGAGCUUCAAUAUGCAGAAUAUGCCGAGCGGACUGCCUUCUAGAAAUCCAGGACUUCCAUCUGCUGCUCAGCAGCAAGUGGGGGGCGGAAUUGGGGGUCGUUUUGGGGGAGGGCAAUUGCCUGGCACGUUACAACAGAUUCCGCACACUGGGAUGCACGGGCACAAUGCGCUGGCUAGCAGGACGGGGCUUGGCACGGGGGCGAAUGCUUCGAUGAACGGGUUAGGCAGAGGCCUGAAUGUUGGGGCGCCGCAGUUAGGAGCCGGUUUAAACCGACUGGGUGCUCCUGGCAGUAGCGUAUCUGGGGGAGCUCUCAAUGUUGGGGCUAGCAACACGGUUGGGGGUGGUGUGGGGCUGAAUCGAACAAUAGCCAAUGCGGGCCUCAAUGCACCGGGUUUAACAGGAAGCAGAAGUGCUAGCAGCAGUGGCCCGAGUCUUCCGAGCGGAGCAGCAAUCCAGGCGCCAGGUCGGCCAGCCGCCCCGGGGACCUCUGUGCUGCAACAGAACGCUCCGUCCUCCUCGUUCAAUUCAUCGGACAGUCUUCUCGCAAUGAUCAACCGAGGUAUGCAAAGUCAAGCUCCAUCUGCAAACGGGCAGCUAAGCAAUCUGGCAAAGGAGGAAAGGGGCGGGGAAAGUAUUGCUUUUGACUUGGAUGACUUCCCGUCCCUGAGCACGCGACCAACUUCAGGCGGGUCUGGAGCUCUGCAGGGUGUGGCAGGCGCUCUACGAAAGGCUGCUGCGGCCAAUGUAAUACAGCAGCACCAGGAGUUCAGUAUACAAAAUGAAGACUUUCCUGCACUCCCAGGAUUCAAAGCUGGAGGCGAGAUUGGAAGUGAGCUGCACCAUAAAGAACAUCAGCAUGACAACCUCGUGCAGAAUCAACAUUUUGGGCUGGGGAGGUCCGGAGGCUUUCCGCUCGGGACAAGCUACCUGCACCAACAGCAGCAACAACAGGGGGGAGGCUUAGGCGGAGUUUCAAGACCUGGAGGAGCAGGGUUGUCACAGUACGAUCAAUUAGUCUCUCAGCAUCAUUUCCAGCAACAGCAAGCGCAGCUCAGGUCGGGUUUGAACCAGGAGGGAAGCGCGAAGGACGGGGGUCAGAAGUCCAUACAGGGUUCCUCGGAUCGAUUUGGACUUCUAGGGCUCCUUAGUGUGAUAAGGAUGAGUGAUCCGGACCUGACGACGCUGGCACUGGGAACGGACUUGACGACGCUGGGGCUGAACCUCAACUCGCGGGAGAACCUGUACAAGACCUUCGCUUCUCCUUGGGCCGAUGGCCCAGUGCGGGGCGAGCCGGAGUUCACGCUGCCGGCUUGCUACGUGCAACCAGCACCACGAUUGCAGCCGGGCUACUUCUCCAAGUUUCAGCAAGACACGCUAUUCUACAUAUUCUAUAGCAUGCCGCACGACGAAGCCCAACUAUACGCUGCCGACGAACUAUCGAAUCGAGGCUGGUGGUUUCACAAGGACCUGCAAAUGUGGCUCAUGCGAGUACCGAACACCGAGACGGUUGUGAAAACGAGCACGUUUGAGAGGGGUUCGUACUACUUCUUCGAUCCAACCGUAUGGGAAACAACUCGAAAGGAAAACUUCGUGCUCCAGUACGAAUUGCUGGAGGCAAGGCCGCAAUUACCUGCUCAACGAUAGUUGUCUGCAGAAACACUCUUGUGCUGUGCCUUCUGCAAGCUGUAAAAAGAGCCUAAUGUUCCUUGGUCGAUCCCGUGCCUGAUGAUCUGGCUCUGCGCUUACAUUUGCUGUCAUUUGUGACGGUGUGCCAGAGCUGUGUAAAAUGACGUCCGCGUUUGUCCG